GAAAGAAGAGGAGGAAGAGGAGGACGUCACAGUGAAAGGAGAUACAGGAGCGCUCAGAGAGGAAGAGGAGGACGUCACAAUGAAAGGAGAUACAGGAGCGCUCAGAGAGGAAGAGGAGAACGUCACAGUGAAAGGAGAUACAGGAGCGCUCAGAGAGGAAGAGGAGGACGUCACAAUGAAAGGAGAUACAGGAGCGCUCAGAGCGGAAGAGGAGGAAGAGACGGAUGUCGUUUUUGGAGUGAAGGAGCAGGGGAGGUUACUGUCACAUUGGAAAAUGAGGAGGGAAAAACUGGAGAUCUGAUGAACACCGGAGAGAGGCCAGACUUUCCCUCUGACAGCGGGAAGAGUCCCUCAGGGGAACCAGACCCAGAGACACCCAAACCAGUGAGACCACACCACUGCUCCCACUGUGGAAAGACUUUUACCUGGUUAUCAAAGCUGAAAGAGCACGAGAGAACACACACUGGAGAAAAGCCUUACCAAUGUGCCAUUUGUGGCAAGACUUUUACCCAGUUAGGGGGCUUUCAAUAUCAUGAGCGGACACACAGAGAAAAAAAUACCUACCACUGCUCUCAGAAUGGAACGACAUUUACCCAGGUAGGGAACCUGAAAAAGGACAGAAUUCUCACACAGGGAGAGAAGACAAACCACUGCUCCCAGUGCGGAAAGAGUUUUAAAUGGUUAUCCAAGCUGAAAGAGCACGAGAGGACCCACACAGGAGAAAAGCCUUUCCAAUGCUCCCAUUGCGAAAAGAAAUUUAACCAGUCAUCGCAUCUGAAAGAGCACGAGAGGACCCACACAGGAGAGAAGUCUUUCCACUGCUCCCAGUGUGGAAAGGGUUUUACCUGGUUAUGGAACCUGAAAACACACGAGAGGACACACACGGGAGAAAAGCCGUACCAAUGCUCCCUGUGUGGAAAGACGUUUACCCAGUUAGGGGGCUUUAAAUAUCACGAGAGAACACACGCAGAAAAAAAGAGCUACCACUGCUCUCAGUGUGAAAAGACAUUUACCCGGUUAGGGAACCUAAAAAAGCACGAGACAAUACACACACAGGAGGAAAAGGCUCCCAGUGCGGAGAGACUUUUAGUCAGUUAGGGAACCUGAAAGAGCAUGCAAUAACACAUAAAGGAUAGAAACCAGGGGCGAAUUCGCCACCUGGUAAUUCUGGCAAAUGCCAGAUGGGCUGGCCAAUUUUUUAGUUGGUUGGUUAAAAUUGACACACAUGUAUUUAAAAAAAAUAUAUAUUAAAUACAAAAAUGAAAAAGGUGACAUGGCCUGCAGCCUAUGGACCUGUUCAUAUAUAUUUUUGUGCAAUUUCUCAGUUACACUAAUGAGCCUUUGGCUGGUCAGUGCAGUAGAACGUUCACUGGGCAACGGCCGACCCCCCUACCAAGUUGGGCUGGCCAAUUUUCCCAUUCAAAGUCAAACGCGGCAUCAGCAUAGAGACGGGCUCCGACUGUCAUCAGUAAGACAGCCAAUAUAGACUGUCAUCAGUAAGACAGCCAGUAUAGACUGUCAUCAGUAAGACAGCCAAUAUAGACUGUCAUCAGUUAGACAGCCAAUAUAGAUUACAGUAGCAGAAGGCUACAACCUUCUCUGACUGUUGUAACUAAGGAUAUUACAGUAGCAGAAGGCUACAACCUUCUCUGGCUGUUGUAACUAAGGAUAUUGCAGUAGCAGAAGGCUACAACCUUCUCUGGCUGUUGUAACUAAGGAUAUUACAGUAGCAGAAGGCUACAAACUUCUCUGACUGUUGUAACUAAGGAUAUUGCAGUAGCAGAAGGCUACAACCUUCUCUGGCUGUUGUAACUAAGGAUAUUGCAGUAGCAGAAGGCUACAACCUUCUCUGUCUGUUGUAACUAAGGAUAUUACAGUAGCAGAAGGCUACAACCUUCUCUGACUGUUGUAACUAAGGAUAUUACAGUAGCAGAAGGCUACAACCUUCUCUGACUGUUGUAACUAAGGAUAUUGCAGUAGCAGAAGGCUACAACCUUCUCUGGCUGUUGUAACUAAGGAUAUUACAGUAGCAGAAGGCUACAACCUUCUCUGACUGUUGUAACUAAGGAUAUUGCAGUAGCAGAAGGCUACAACCUUCUCUGGCUGUUGUAACUAAGGAUAUUACAGUAGCAGAAGGCUACAACCUUCUCUGACUGUUGUAACUAAGGAUAUUACAGUAGCAGAAGGCUACAACCUUCUCUGACUGUUGUAACUAAGGAUAUUGCAGUAGCAGAAGGCUACAACCUUCUCUGACUGUUGUAACUAAGGAUAUUACAGUAGCAGAAGGAUACAACCUCCUCUCUCUGUAAGGAUAAUUCAGUAGCAGAAGGAUACAACCUUCUGUCUGUAAGGAUAUUGCAGUAUUGUAUUGGGGCAAAAUAAUCUGUGUUUUAACCACACGUUUACAUUUGUGAUGAUGUAAUCUUUAUAGUUAUGCUGCCAUAUUUUAGCCAGAGAUGCUGAAAAAGAACACUACUAUUUUGACUGCUUGUAAUGAUGCUGAAAAAGAACACUACUAUUUUGACGGCUUGUAAUGAUGCUGAAAACAGAACAUUAAAUGACUAUUUAGACUGCC